CUCUUUUGUCUUUUUUGGUAGAUGAAAAGAAAAAAAAAAAAAUUAUCUACAAAGAUAGAAUUUUGCUUUCAAUCUCUUUUUGUAUCUUCCUUGGUUUUUCCAAAGAAAUUAAGCAGACAUGGAGGAGCAACAAAUAGAAAUAUUGGCAAGCUCACUGCUAAUACAAGAAAAUCAGAGGGAAGUUGGUGAUGGUGGGCAGCCAAGUGAGUCUUCCUCAGUUACACUUACUGUUGUCCUCAGCUCCUUAGUUGCUUUGUGUGCCUCCUUUGUUGCAGGAUAUGCCGUGGGAUAUACAUCACCUUCUCAGUCAGCAAUUAUGAAUGACCUGGGCCUUUCUUCGGCAGAGUACUCGGUGUUUGGUUCAAUAUUGACAAUUGGAGGACUGCUAGGGGCAGCAUGGAGUGGCAAAAUAGCAGAUUUGGCUGGCCGGAAAGGUGCAUUGUGGGUUACGAGUACACUUUGCAUUGUGGGGUGGCUUGCUAUAAUAUUCUCCGAGGGUGCUUGGUCACUUGACAUUGGAAGACUGUCACUGGGGUUUGGACUUGGGCUUGGUUGUUAUGUGGCACCUGUUUAUGUAGCAGAAAUCACACCCAAGGAUAUUAGGGGAGGCUUUACAUCUUUUUAUCAGCUAGCAACUGGUUGCGGUUCGUCAAUUGCAUAUCUUUUCGGUUCCUUUGUCAAUUGGCGUGUCUUGGCUUUACUAGGAGCUUUUCCAUGCCUAGUACAGAUCCUGGGCCUGUUUCUGAUUCCUGAGUCUCCAAGAUGGCUAGCAAAGGUUGGUCGAGAAAAAGAGUUUGAGGCUGCUCUGCAACGCCUUAGGGGACAGAAUGCUGACAUUUUUCAAGAAGCAACUGAAAUCAAAGACUAUACUGAAAACCUCAAAAGAAUCUCAAAGGAUGGAAUUUUUCAUUUGUUUCAGAAGAAAUAUGCAUGGGCAUUGACAGUUGGUAUUGGGUUAAUGGCAUUGCAGCAAUUUGGAGGACUCAAUGGAUAUGCAUUCUAUAUGAGUAGUAUAUUUGAUUCAGCUGGUUUUCCUAGUAGUGUUGGAUAUGUAGCAGUAGCUAUUAUUCAGCCAAUGAUGGGUAUAGUGAGUGUAAUCUUAAUGGAUAAAUCUGGAAGACGACCCCUCGUAAUGGUAUCUGCAGCUGGAAUGUGCUUGGGGUCCUUCCUCACGGGAGUGUCAUUCUAUGUACAGGACCAUAAUCAGUCAAAUGAAGUCACCCCUGCUAUGGUUUUCAUUGGUGUUAUGGUAUUUCUUGGAUCUUAUUCAUUAGGGAUGGGUGUAAUACCAUGGAUUAUAUUGUCAGAGAUAUUUCCAAUAAACAUAAAGGGUUCAGCCGGAAGCUUAGCAAGUAUGGUUUCUUGGAUUGGAGCUUGGUUUGUUUCCUACAGUUUCAACUUCUUGUUUGAAUGGAGCUCAGCAGGGGUAUUCUUUAUAUAUUCAAGUAUUUGCUGCUUUGGUUUUAUAUUUGUUGCAAAAAUGGUACCAGAAACUAAAGGCAGAACACUGGAGGAAAUACAAGCAUCAGUUACUCACACAGCUCUGCACUAAGACAUAUGUAAGAAGCGGCCCAACAAUGUAUAUGGAACAUAUUUUUCAAUGAAAUUAUAAUGAGAACAAUGACAACACUUAGAUCGAGAAAGUUGAUCCAUUAUUAUUAUUAUUCCAUAUGUUAGAAUAUUGAACAUUAAUUAUUAAGUUGAUUAAGUUAAUAAAGUAAACAGAUUAAUCAUGA